UCGUCACGCAACGUCAAAGAUGGAGAAGAGUGGAUCAGCACUGGUCUCUGCCUCUCUCCUGGUAUGAGUACCUACAUGGUCAUGCCAGCUGAGACUGUCAACAAAAACUGGAAGAUUCAAACUGAUGACCUACAUCACAAGGAUGAGCUGAAGAGACCACCACAUGUUUAUGAGCAGUUUCCUGUUACAUCAAACAAGAUGCAUGUGUCCAACCUGUGGGGCGGACUCAUCUAUCUGGUGGCUCCACCCAACACACAAGUGAAAGGGUUGGAGAUCACAGUGCAGAAAGCUGUAACUGCUCCAUAUUACAAGUCUGGUGUAACAACUGCAGCUGAGUGGUCAUUGUUGCGCACAGCUCCUUCACCCUGGGCAGAGUUGGAGUUUGAAAACAUCGUCCUCACCGUACCAUCAGAUGCUGUUCGGGGUCUGGAACGCCCCGAGGAGGUGGCCGCUCUCUGGGAUGAAAUCAUGAGGGCCAUUGCAGAUCUGGCUGUCAAACCACAUAAAUUUCCUCACAAGGAGCGCUUUGUGACAGAUGUGCAGAUUUCUGCUGGCUGGAUGCAUGCAGGUUAUCCCAUCAUGGCACACCAUGCUUCAGCUCCUGAAGUAGUUGGUGUUAAAAAAGGUAAAGAACUGUGGGGUCCCAUCCAUGAACUGGAACACAACCAACAGAGAAGCUGCUGGGAGUUCCGACCACACACCACAGAGUGUACGUGCAACCUGUGGUCAGUGUAUGUGCAUGAAGAGGUGCUGGGUCUCAACAGAGCACAGGCUCAUGACGAUUUACCUUUAGCAAAGCGAAAGACUCGAGUAGAGGAGUACAUCAAGGGAGGCAAGAAACUCAGUGACUGGAGUGUGUGGGUUGCCUUGGAAACAUAUCUGCAGCUCCAGGAAAGGUUUGGCUGGGAUGCCUUUAAGGAGGUUUUUGCUGCAUACCACCACAUGAGCAACUUUCCUGAGGACAAUGACACAAAGAUGAACCUGUAUGCUGAGACGUUCUCCCAGACUGUGGGGAUGAACCUAACCGGCUUCUUCAAGGCCUGGGGCUGGCCCAUCGAAACAGCCACUAAGGAAAAAUUGUCCCAGCUGCCUCCCUGGAAUGAACACCCCAUGACCCAGUACAAAUGAACUAAACAGAACUGCAUAAUAACAAAAAUCAAUUUAGUUCUCUGCAGUGAAACUUCAGUUCAUUAAGUUAAUCUUUUUUAAAUCAGUCUUUUCAUGGCAAUGGGAUACAAGUUGCAUUGUAUCCCAUUUGAAAAGUGAAUGUAGCAGCUUCUUUCACAGUACAUGAUGGAAUCAUUUACUUAAAAUUAGUGACCUUCCAAAUUAACUAGAAGAUUUCUUUCUAAACAGUCUCUUCUUGUCCUUAGCGGGCGACCAGCGGCGGUGGUCUGCCGCGCAACCAGUACGCUGCUGUAGGUGCCGCAGGUUCUCUUGCUUGACCAACAAUUAUCUUCCAUGCUUUUCGAUCUAAGGCGAUGGUUCUUGCCUGCUCGAGGUCAAGUCGAAGGGCCUUCAAAUCAUCCUGGAUUUGUUUCAUCCAUGUCUUCUUUGGUGCAUUUCGAUGCACCCUCCAAUCGGUGGGGCAGGUCAACCAGAGUAGGCCAUGGGGGUAGCGGCUCGGGUCCAUUCGACAAAUGUGGCCAAACCAACGGAGUCGGUGGCGCUGGAUUAGGUCGCAGAUCGUCGGUUGGCUGCCACAGCUGGUGAGGAUGGUGUCAUUCGAAUGACGGUCGCGAAGGGAAACGCCGAGAACGCAUCUAAGGCAACGCAUUUGGAAAACUUCGAGCUUGCUCAGGUCGUGUUUGAGCAUUGUCCACGUCUCCGUGCCGUAAAGUAGAAUGGACAGGAUCAGGGUUCGGAAAAGGCGGAUCUUUGUCUAAACAGUAUUCAUCAUAUUAUUUACAAAUGAUCAAACCAAUGAUCUGUUUCCAAAAUGUCAAAGUCAUGUAAUUAUUUAGCAUGCAUUUGGCAGUUAAAUUCAAUGUGUUUUAGUGUAAUCAUUAAUCAUGUCAAUCAAUCAUCAAGUAGGCUGUAAAAUUCUGUGCAUCAUCCUGAAAUAUCCAUGUAAUACUUUC